AUGCCCAGAAAAGAUAUAGAAAGGCCGAAGAAAAGGAGAAAAGAGGAUGAAAUUGUAGCAAAAAGGCAAGAUGAAAAUUCUAAUUAUGGCAAGAACAGUAAUAUGGAAGAGGAUGAUAAUAAACGAAAAAGAAAACAAUCAUGUGAAGAAAAUGAAGAUGAAGAAAAUAAGACUUAUUUAUUUGGGGAAGUAAAUGAACAAAGCAUUCUUUCUACAAUUGAUGAAAAAUCUUUGAAUAACGAAAUGAUAGUAUUGGAUGUUUGUACUGGGAAUGAGGCAAUUGUAGAAGUGAUUUAG